AUGGUCCGCCCACCCUUUGCCCAGAACCGCACCAUGGCGAUCCUCAACGCCGCCAAGGCGGGAGGCUACGCGGUGCCGGCCAUGUGCUGCUACAACAUCGAGUCCAUCAUCGCCACAGUCCGGGCGGCCGAAGCGGCCAAGUCGCCAGCGAUGGUGCUGCUGUUCCCCUGGGCGAUCGAGUACGCGGGCGACGCGCUGGUCAAGGCGGCGGCCGAGGCGGCGCACUCGGCGUCGGUGCCCGUGUCGCUGCACCUGGACCACUGCCAGACGCCCGAGCUGGUGCGCCGCGCCGCCGACAUCGAGGACGGCUUCGACAGCAUCAUGUGCGACAUGAGCCACUACGACAAGGAGGAGAACCUGCGCCUGACCGCCGAGCUGGUCCAGUACUGCCACGCCCGCGGCAUCGCCGCCGAGGCCGAGCCUGGCCGUAUUGAGGGUGGCGAGGAUGGUGUGGCCGAGACGGCGGAUCUCGAGGGGUUGUUGACGACGCCCGAGGAGGCCGAGGAGUUUGUGAAUACCGGGAUUGACAUGCUUGCGCCGGCGUUUGGGAAUGUGCACGGCGAGUAUGGCCCGCGGGGGAUCCAGCUGGAGUAUGAGCGGCUGCAGGCGAUCAACGAGAGGGUCGGGGAGCGGGUGCGGCUGGUGCUGCACGGCGCGGACCCCUUCGACCAGGAGAUCUUCCACAAGUGCAUGGCUGGCGGCGUGACCAAGAUCAACAUCAACAAGGGCAUGAACAACCACUAUGCGAGGGUGCAGGACGAGAUGAAGGGGAAGCCGCUGACCCGUGUUAUUGAGGCGGGCACUGACGCCAUGCAGAAGGCGAUCGAGCAGUACGCUGUCUGGCUUGGGAGCGCCGGGAAAGCUUGA